AUGAUCUUCUUGGGUGUCUAUCAGGGGAGUCGUUGGAUCUUCUUCAUUUGUUCUUCCUCGGCCGAGUUGACUCCCGUCGCUGUUGGCAGACCUGCUCCUCCUCCUCUUCAGUCCUGUUUACACUACGGCGCCUCCUGUGGCUCGUAUCUGAUUGGUGGUGUCAACCCGUAUAGGCUUCAGUGGCUGCUCAGCAGGUGUGGAGGCUAUGUGUCCCACCAGGCUCCUAAAGGCUCCAACGCCUUCAGCCAACGUGAUCACAUGACACUGAGGUCCUUUUUGAUGAUGCUGAGCCGGGUCCUGAUGGGUCCAGGAUGCAUGAUCUCAGUCUUCACCAGCCCGCAGCCUUCAGUGCUGAACUUGCGUUAUGUUGGCAGGAGGAUGGAUGGGAGAUGUUUUGAUGGUACCAAGAACCUCAGACUCAAAGAUGCUGAGCUGUUUGUGCUCCAGACAGCACCGGACAGAGGUCUUGUGGACUCGGAGCUUCACCUGAUGGUUGAUGUGACGCCAGAGAGGCUUCCAGAGAGACCUCAUGACCCUCGGGUGCAGCAGUCAUCUUUCAAACAGGACGAGGAGCUGCAGAGCCCCAGGAGGAGGAGGAGGAGGAGGAGGAGGAGAACUGAUGCUCCUAAAGACAGCAGGAGGAGAAGGAGGAGGCCUAAUGCUCCUAAAGACACCAGCAGGAGGAGGAGGAGGUCUGAUGCUCCAAAAGACACCAGGAGGAGGAGGAGCGGGUCUGAUGCACCUAAAAACAGGAGGAGGAGGAGGAGGUCUGAUGCUCCUAAAGACACCAGGAGGAGGAGGAGGAGGUCUGAUGCUCCUAAGGACACCAGGAGGAGGAGUGGGAGGUCUAAUGCUCCUAAAGACACCAGCAGGAGGAGGAGGAGGUCUGAUGCUCCAAAAGACACCAGGAGGAGAAGGAGGAGGCCUAAUGCUCCUAAAGACAUCAGCAGGAGGAGGAGGAGGUCUGAUGCUCCAAAAGACACCAGGAGGAGAAGGAGGAGGCCUAAUGCUCCUAAAGACACCAGCAGGAGGAGGAGGAGGUCUGAUGCUCCAAAAGACACCAGGAGGAGGAGGAGCGGGUCUGAUGCACCUAAAAACAGGAGGAGGAGGAGGAGGUCUGAUGCUCCUAAAGACACCAGGAGGAGGAGGAGGAGGUCUGAUGCUCCUAAGGACACCAGGAGGAGGAGUGGGAGGUCUAAUGCUCCUAAAGACACCAGCAGGAGGAGGAGGAGGUCUGAUGCUCCAAAAGACACCAGGAGGAGAAGGAGGAGGCCUAAUGCUCCUAAAGACAUCAGCAGGAGGAGGAGGAGGUCUGAUGCUCCAAAAGACACCAGGAGGAGAAGGAGGAGACCUAAUGCUCCUAAAGACACCAGCAGGAGGAGGAGGAGGUCUUAUGCUCCAAAAGACACCAGGAGGAGGAGGAGUGGGUCUGAUGCACCUAAAAACAGGAGGAGGAGGAGGAGGUCUGAUGCUCCUAAAGACACCAGGAGGAGGAGGAGGUCUGAUGCUCCUAAGGACACCAGGAGGAGGAGUGGGAGGAGAAGGCGGCACCGCAGUGCUGCAGAGCACAGACGCCAGGCCUGGAACCAGGUCCUGGUUGGCAGCAGCCGGUGCAGCCCCACCUGCCUUCAGGAGGUGGAAAUGGACCAAAGGGAGGAUGAGGAGGAGAAUGUCUGCCAGUCUGCACCAACUUUUGCAUGA